AUUUUCCUAACAAAUACUCAUUGACUUUACCUCUUGAGAAAAAAAAGGGCCUUCGGGUUUUUUACAUAUAUAUAUUUUUUUUUCACUUCUUCUAUUUAUAUUGUUAGAAAGCUCUUAUUAACUCUUCCCCGUUGAAGUUAUCUGUUCAUAUAUUUGCAUUGCUGUGCAUCAUCUUUCCUCCUUGUGCAUGCUAACAUUCAACAUUCAAAUUUUCUUGCAAAUUCGUGAAGCACCUCUACCAGGACCAGACAUAUGAUUUGUUGCUGAACAAGGCAUAGAUUUCAAAAUUUUAAUUUUACUCUGUUGGACAGUUGCAUUGCGUUGAUUUACGAUACAGGCAUCAGAGCACUGAGCGCGGGACUUACAAAAGCCACCAACAAGGAGAAGCAUUUCGGCCGUUGUCUUUGAUUUCAGAAGGAAAUGGAAAUUAUAAUUGCAAUUGCCUCAAAAAUUGGAGAGUCCUUGGUCACACCAAUAGGAACAGAGUUUGGCUAUUUGGUUAAUUACCAUUCCAACCUUGAAAGUCUUAGGGGUGAGAUAAAAAAGCUUUUUGACAAGAAAGAUGGAGUGCAGGGAUUGGUAGAUGCUGCCAAAAGGAACGGUGAAAUCAUCAAACCUGAUGUUCAGAGUUGGCUAAAGAAUGUGAACGACGACAUGGUCAAAAAAGUGUUGCAGUUUGAGGAUGAAAUUAACAAGAAAAGGCGAUGUGUGUAUCGAUGGAGCUUGAGUCGGAGAGCCUAUAAGAUUAAACAAGAAGUUCUUCAGCUCCAAAACGAAGGAAGAUUUGAAAAUGUGGCCCAUCCUGCACCUCCACCAGAGAUAUGGUCAACAUUUGAAAAUGUUUUUAAGGAUUUUAAGUCCAGAAUGGCAAACAUGAAUGAGGUGAUAGAGGGUUUGACGAGGGAAGAAGUACGACUGAUUGGGAUUUGUGGAAUGGGGGGUGUGGGUAAAACCACAAUGGUAAAAGAAAUCAUCACGAGAUUGGCAAAACUGAACCUGUUUGAUAAAAUUGUAAUGGCAACUGUGUCUCAAAGUCCAAGUAUUAGGACGAUCCAGUCGGAAAUUGCAGAAGAAAUAGGUUUGGAAUUGAAGGAGGAAUCCGAGUCCGGAAGAGCACGAAGGCUACAUGGGAGACUCAUGGAAAUAAAGAGGAUCCUGAUUGUAUUAGAUGAUGUCUGGGCAGAGCUUGAUUUUAAGGCUAUAGGACUCCCUUCUGGAGAUGCUCAUAAAGGGUGCAAAGUUUUGUUGACAUCACGAGAUUCGGACGUUUGCAACAGGAUGCGAAGUCAACAAAUUAUUGCAGUCCCGAUUUUAACAACAGAAGAAUCACAUGAGCUCUUUCGAGAAAUGGUGGGUGAAUCCUUUAAUGAUCCUGAUUUACGUUCCACUGCAAAAGAUGUAUUAAAGGAAUGUGGAGGUUUACCUAUUGCAAUUGUAACUGUUGGAAAAGCCCUAGAAAAGAAAAACAAACGUGAAUGGGAUGAUGCCCUUAAUCAGUUGCGAAAUUCUACCCCAGUGAACAUCCCUGGAGUGAAUGACAAAGUUUAUUCUAGCAUAAAAUGGAGUUAUGAUAGAUUGGAGAGUGAUGAAGCCAGGUUAUGUCUUUUACUUUGUUGUUUAUUUCCAGAAGACUAUGAUAUUCCAAUUGAAUAUUUGGUUCGAUAUGGGUGGGGUCGAGGAUAUUUUAGCAGCUGCGUUACUUUGGAAGAUGCAAGAAAUAGAGUGCAUUCUUUGGUUGGCCAACUAAAAAGAAGGUUUUUGUUGCUAGAUAGUGGCAAGAGUGAGGCUACAAAAAUGCAUGACGUAGUUCGUGAUGUUGCCAUAUGGAUUGCUUCAAGAGAUGCACAUGGAUUUUUGAUAAGAAGUGAUGCUGAAAAUAAAGGGUGGCCAAAUUUAGCUACAUAUGACCAUUACACUACAAUCUCACUUGUUGGCGAUUUGGAGAUUCAAGAUGGUUUGAAAUGCCCAAAACUUGAGCUUCUACAGACGAUGGAAGGACUUUUUUCAGAAGGUAGCAUGGACAACAUUUGUAAGGCGAUGAAAGAACUGAAGGUUUUAGCUUUGGUGCAAAUGAAAAACCGAGGCUCAUCAAGCUCACUAGGAUUACUGAAGAACCUGCGGACCUUGACCCUAAAUGGGUCUAAAUUUGAUGGCAUGUCUACUGAUGUUAUUGGGAGUUUGGAGAAUUUAGAAAUCCUCAGCUUUCGGGAUUGUGAUUCCAUGCGUGAGUUGCCGAGGGAAAUUGGACGACUUAAACAGUUGAGGUUGUUAGAUACGACAAACUGCAGGAAUCUUGAGGUGAUUCCACAUGGUAUCUUCUCCAACUUAUGUAGACUUGAAGAGUUGUAUAUGAUGGGUAGCUUUAAUAAAUGGGAAAUUGGAAGAGGAAGAGAAGAUAAGGGGAUGGCAAGUAUUUCUGAGGUGAUGUCUCUGUCCGAUCAUUUGAAGGUUCUAGCCAUAGAGAUUCCCAGUGUCAUCCACUUGUUGCCAAAAAACAUAGUCUUGAAAAGCCCAACAAUAAGAUUCGGUAUAUGCCCUGCAAGACGGACAGAAGCAACUUAUGCAUUCAAAGAAUGUUUGAGGACAACUUAUGCAUUCGAAAAUUGUUUGAUGAUUGAAGAAAGUGAUGCAAGGGAGUUGGAGGAGAGUCAAGCAGUUAGACUUUUGUUGAAAAAAUCUAAAAAAUUGUAUUUGUGGGAGGUUAAGAAUUUCUCUGUCCUCACUGAUUUAGACCAAGAAGGAUUUCAAGAUUUGAAAGAAUCUUUGGAUAUGUCCAAAUAUCGAGUAUCUUGCAAAUGGAACAAGUGGGUUUUUGACCAACCUAAGAGUCCUUCGAUUGCAAUUUUGUGGUGUCUUAAAAUACGCCUUUUCAUUAUCAGUAGCAAGAAACUUGGUAUAGCUCCAGAAAUUAAAUAUUAUUGGAUGCAAUCAAAUGGAAGAAAUUGUGUCGAAGCAGGGGAGGGAACAUGAGGGGGAAGCCGAUAUGAUAUCUUUCCAUAAUUUAACCAAUUUAACUCUCAAGGUUCUAGGGAGUUUGGUUGGUUUCUUCCAAGCCAACAAGCUACACUCCAACCAAGAGGAAACAACGGCAAGGGUUGAGCAUCAAUCUGCAGGCAUAUUUGAAAAAGCAAUAUUUCCAUCAAAGUGCAUUUCAUGGUUUCCAAGUUUAGAAGAGGUAGAAUUGGAAGAUAUGAAUUUUGAAGGCGUGCUAUUUGAUCUGAAAAUCCAUGGCCAGACAACUCCAAUAUUUCCCCAGUUACGUAACUUGGAGAUAUG